AUGCUGGCGUCAAGCUUCAAUCACCCUGAGAUCGUGAAGCUGCUUUUGGAGGCCAGUGCUCAGGUGAACUUUGCCGAUGAGUGCGGAUGGACAGCAUUGAUGAAUGCGACAAUAAACGGUCACGCUCAAGUCAUGCAGCUGCUUCUGGAGGCAUGCGCUCAGACGGAUCCGGUGAACGACAUGGGCCAAACUGCUAUGGAUCUCGCGAUGGAGCAUAGUAGAAUAAUGCGGAUGCAACCGGCAGGUGAGGACCAGAAUGAAGUCUGCCGAUUACUGAUGCAGGCCGAAGCCUUGGUGCGGCCGAGACAAAAGAUGCUCAAAGAAGAAGCCUGA